UAAGGAAUUCAAGUCGCCUAGACUAACUCCAAUGGUGAAAGCACAAGGUGGUCCAGGACAAAUGGACGUUGACCUCACUCUGAGUCCAAGAGUGAAUGCUGUGAAGCCUUCGAAAACGUUGGCUAUCAUUGACCAGGCGACUGCUCUCUUAAAGGCUGGUGUACCUGUUAUUUCCUUAGCAAUUGGAGAACCUGAUUUUGAUACACCUUCUGCCAUAGCAGAUGCUGGAAUUAAAGCUAUUUUGGAAGGUUAUACAAGAUAUACACCAAAUGCUGGCACAUUGGAACUCCGCACAGCGAUCUGCCAGAAGUUAAAAGAGGAGAAUGGGAUCUCAUAUACACCGGAUCAGAUUGUUGUUAGUAAUGGUGCCAAACAGAGCAUUCUUCAGGCAGUUUUGGCGGUCUGUUCUCCGGGAGAUGAGGUCAUAAUUCCAGCUCCCUGUUGGGUGAGUUACCCUGAAAUGGCAAGGCUUGCUGACGCCACCCCUGUAAUUGUUCCAACAAGCAUCUCUGAGAAUUUCUUGAUGGACCAUAAGCUUCUUGAAGCCACGCUUACUGAGAAAUCAAGGCUUCUGAUUCUUUGUUCUCCGUCAAAUCCCUCAGGGUCUGUUUACCCCAAAAAAUUGCUCGAACAGAUCGCUGCAAUCGUAGCAAAGCAUCCCAGGCUUCUGGUACUGUCUGAUGAAACAUAUAAACACAUCACGUAUGCCCCAGCUACGCAUACAAGUUUUGCAUCUUUGCCAGGCAUGUGGGAGAGGACACUCACUAUCAAUGGGUUUUCUAAGGCCUUUGCAAUGACUGGCUGGAGGCUUGGUUAUAUUGCUGGUUCGAAACACUUCGUUUCAGCUUGUGCAAAGAUCCAGAGCCAGCUUACUUCAGGUGCCAGUAGCAUAGCUCAGGAGGCUGCAUUUGCCGCUCUGUCGAUGGGUUAUGCUGGAGGUGAAACUGUCGCAACUAUGGUAAAAGAUUUUAGGGAACGGCGAGAUUUCUUGGUUAAAAGCUUUGGGGAACUGGAGGGUGUGAAGAUUUCAGAACCUCAGGGAGCCUUCCAUAUUUUCAUCGACUUCAGUUGUUACUAUGGAGCUGAGGUCAAAGGCUUUGGUGUAAUCGACGGCUCGGAGUCACUUUGCCGCUACCUGCUUGACUUGGCGCAGGUUGUGUUGGUCCCAGGGGUUGCAUUUGGGGAUGACACUUGCAUCCGCAUCUCUUACGCCGCUUCCCUCGCGACUCUAAAAGAGGCUUUUGGGAGGAUUAAGAAAGCACUUGUCACACUGAGACCCGCCGCCCCUGUUUGAUGGUCACAAUGCUGCCGCAGCAUUGGGGACACCUUACUCCAAUUAGCCGCCGCUGUUCUACUUCCUAUCAUACUUAUUUGUUUGGAUAGACUCUGUCAUAGUAAUUUAUUUGUGCUUGUCUCCUUGUUUUGUUCAUCAUAAUCAGCAAAGACGAGAGCAAUGAUUAGAUGCAGAUUUACGAUAUAUUUCAUUCCAAAGGAAAAUAUCAAUGCGAAUUGUUAUUUCAUUGGUUUU